AUGAAUAUAUGUUAUGCAUUAAUACAAUUCUUAUUCUUUUUGAAGGUGAAGCUGAAGAAGUACACCAAGUUCAUCUUCGUUCGUGACCCCUUUGUGCGUCUCAUCUCCGCCUACCGGAACAAAUUUGAGCUGCCCAACGCAAAUUUCUACCGGCGCUUCGCCCAGGUCAUGCUGCGUCGCUACGCCAACCAGCCGACGCCUCCCGCCUCCGCGGACGAGGCGUUUGGCAUGGGCAUCCACCCGUCCUUCCCCAACUUCCUGCAGUACCUCCUGGACCCGCAGACGGAGAAGGAGAUGCCCUUCAACGAGCACUGGAGGCAGGUGUACCGCCUCUGCCACCCGUGCCAGAUCCAGUAUGACUUCGUGGGCCAUCUGGAGACGGCGGAGGAGGACGCCGAGCAUCUGCUGCGCCAGCUGAAGGUGGACAACGUGGUGGAGUUCCCCACAUCCCGAAGGAACUUCACGGCCAGCACCUUGGAGGCGGACUGGUUCAACACCGUGCCCCUGGAGACCCGCAAAGAACUGUACAAGCUGUACGAACCCGACUUCAGACUCUUUGGAUACGACAAGCCGGACUCCAUCCUCAAUGAGUGACACACACACAGAACGUGCUUUUUUUAAUGUGUGUUUAUCCUUUUACUCCAACUACAGACACACCUCCCCUUGUUCUGGGCUUUGUCUCCUCCAGUCUUGUAUGACCUUCACUGAAUGUACACAUUAGGGCUGCACAACUUAGAAGAAAAAGAGAAUUGCUAUUAUUUUGACCAAUAUUACAUUUUUGCGAUCUGAUUCACGAUAUUGGUGAGCGGAUGAGUUAAGAAGUACGUAGGCCAUUCAAAAUUAGUUUGUUAGAUGCGCUAGUUGUCAUAUCAAUCAUUUAAUAUUGUCCAUGACGAAGUGUGAUGCUUAUGUAAAGCAUGAAAUGUGUUUAGAAAUACAUACCAAUGACAGCUAUCUACAAGAAGUAAUUGGUCAUUCUGCAGUAAACCAUUUUGUAGGCCCGGAUAUCUCUGCAGCUUCACAAUACUUCAGCAAAAAUUGUAUUUAACACAUAUUUGGCCUUUUAACAAAAGUUGUUCUUCCUGCAAUUUGAAUAUUAGACUAGUCCAAAUUGUAAUUUUGAUUAAAUUUUGAUGAAUUGUGCAGCCCUAGUACACAUGAUCAAGGACACUCAGUGCUCUAAGGAAGCACAUUAAUGAGGUGGAGAGAGGUUAAUAUCCAUUGUUGUUUUUCUUUUUUAAAUCAUAAAGAUAACAAGAAGCACACAAUUAAGAAACACAGAUAUGGAUUGUGGAAAACAGGAUGUGUGUUUUUACAUGUUGUACAUUCAGUGUAGACCUUAACUCAAUGUUGAUGUCAUGCAGCACCUGUAAUUUGUGAUAUCAUACGUAGCAAGAUGUGAUGUCACAGAGCCAAACUGUAUUCGGUGCGACACCAACCCAGAUGCAGGCGACAGGGAAAUGUUUGCAGUUAGUUAAAACAAGGUGUUAUUAGAUUAGUUGUAAGUGUUAGUUGCACUAGUUGUCAUCUUAUUUAUUACACUUUGUGCAAUGCUUAUGUGAGGCUUGAAAGGGAUUUAAUGUAUGUUUUUAAAAAUGCAUACCAAUGACUAUCAACAUGAAAACCUGGAGGAAAUAUGCUACAACUCAAACACAGAUUAGGACGGGAUCAGACACAGCGCUUUUUGCAGUACUGUUGUUGAUAAAGAACUUGAACUCAGAACAGUAAAGCACUGCACAUGUUCUCUAGGGCUCUGGUUCACCCUAGUUGUUUAAUCGUAUGAAUUAAGAGGCGGGGCUUCUGUGGUUGUGACAUUGUUAGCAUCCUAGCUCAAUGAAGCUAACUUUGCUGACUGUUACCUCACUCAACCCAUUUGUUAACCUGUUUAGCCAGUUAGCGUUGCUUGCUUGAUAAUUCAUAUAAGUUUCAGAUUGGAGAAGCUCAUUAUAUUAAUAGAAAUAUUAUAUAAUAUUAAUAUAACUAUUUUGCAGCUUGUUUUAUUUAGCUAUCUAGCUAAAUGCAGCUAACUUAGCUAUCUAUUUGCUAACUCAACCCAUUUGUUAAGCCGAUACAUCUUAGCCAGUUAGCAUUAGCUAUCAAAAGUGAACCGUUAGCAUUGUUAAAUUCAAUCAAUCCACAAGAUGCUUGUUUGAUAACUAAUUUUAACUGGUUUUACUGGAAGCAAUCUAUAUAGCCUACUACUAUGCCUGUCUAUUAGGAUAGGUAAGGUAGCUAGCAAACAACUCGCUAACGAAUUACAUUUAUUUUUUAAAGGUUAACAUUUUUAGAGUUUGCUAGGCUCAGAGACAAAUUAAGGCUAAGGCGGGGGAUCCAGUGGAGGCGUAGCAACAACAACAAUCAUUUUUAAUUGUAGGCUAUGCUUUUAUAAAAAAAGGCAACGAGGUGCACUGUGUGUUUUGAAACCUGCAAAAAGCACUCUGUCUGACCAGACCCUUAGAGGAUGCUCAUAUGUUACCUUAACAACAAUCCCUACUGCUUCUUCAGACCUGGUACAAUAGUUUGAAGCGGAGAAGGGCAUUCGAUAAUAUCAAUAGAAACAUUUCACACAACUCCUUAGCAGCUUGUUUUAUUUACCAGUUUCAGCAUGGCGUUAUCUUAUAAGCACAGCAGCUCCAGUUAAUGUGUCUCAGCUUGUCUUACUUUGAGGCACACAACUGGAGUUUCUACAUUCUUUUAAAAUCAUCCUAGCUGCAUGAACACAGGUGAGCCUCUGUGUAUUUAAAGGAAAACAUUUCCAAAGGGAAUAUUUUUGUUUUAAUGCUUGUUGUGUUGCUAUGACUAUUAGCAUUUAUGGACCUUUGUGUUUUAACGCACAAACUGCAGUUACUGACUUACAUCGGGUAACCCUGGAGACUGCAGCUAUUGUUGCCCCCCCAUCUCCUCCAAAUAUGAACUUUUUUAAACUGUAUGUUUUGUGGGCAGCAUUUUCAUGGGGCGCAGUAUUGUGUAGCAAGGACAAGAGCACAUUACAUGGCGACAAGAAGCAGUGUUUUUCAGUGUUGUGCCAUAAAAUCAAUCCAGGAGUCGGGUUGUUGUUUGUAGAUGAAUGCCAGUAUUAGAGUCAAGAUCAAUUAAAUAGUGAUCCGAGCAUGGAUCGGGCUGCAUGUUUUAUAUCAGAACAGGUGGAAGAUAAGAUAGUGCCUUUGGUUGCAAAAGUUUACACAGCAAAAAAAAAAAAAGAAGUAUUUUUGUAGAAGGACUUUUUACUUUGAACACGAUACAGUGAGAUCUGUACGAAGCCACAAGGUAUAUUUGAUAUGUCAGGCCUUGUUUAUCUUGUGGCUUCAAAUAAAAGAAUAGGAAAACAGCAGCAGAGCCCUUCAGCUGAAAUGCUUUACCGUCUUUAUGGGGGUUUGUAUGAUGUGAGAACUCUUUACAGUGUGCUUGUGUCUCUUGUGUUGCUUUGUGUGUCGUGUAACACGCAGGAUUACUGUGUGCUUUGUACUGUAUUUGAUCAUUCUGCACAUGUACAUGUUCACACACUUGACUCAGUGUUGUCUUACUGCCUUUUGCUUCACUUGUUUUGUACGGUGUGGGUAUUUUUUACUCCUCAAUGUCUCAGUUCAUAGUGUUUUCUGGGUAAAUUGGAAUUAUAAGGCAUAAAUGGCUGGUUUUCCCAAACAUCUGUCAUCAUUGUUGUUUUCCAUGUACGUCUAAGUGAACACACAGAUUAUCUAUUUCAACACACACUCCCAACUCACCAGUGUUUGGAUUGUCAGAUUUUUUUGUUCCUUUCUUGUGUUUUUUUUUGUGUUACUGUCGAAUGUCAGAAACGUUGCUCUUGGCUGUAUUUUCUUUAAAAAAGUGCAAACACCGUGAAAUUGAAUAACUGUGUAAGGGAUAGAAAGGAUUUAUUUAUUGGCUGAAUAAAACCUAUGGAAGCUGCUUCUGUGAAAGGGGAAUUCAGUCUUUAUUAAGAUUACAGUUUAAAAAGGUGGUAUGUUUUUUGCCCGCAGCGACCGGACGCUUCAACAGCUUUCUUGCUUUGAACUGCUUAAAGGCCAAACCUCGUCCUACAUUACCACCUGAUGUCAGUUCUCAGCAUAAAAUGCAAUCACACGUCCAAAAACUCAAAUCUAUUUUUGUGAAUGAUGUUUUUGUAACUCAUAUCAAUACUUUACAAGUCUUUGUAAUCAGUGUUCCUCCUCUCAUCUAUGGGAAAAAUCAAAGCAUUCAGUUUCCUCCGUGUCAUCUGUUCAUUGUAAGAGAAAUAAAGGAUGUGGGGCAUGAUG